UGUGGCUUCGGGCUUGCCAGAGACGCCAUGUACCGGCUCCGGUCUGCCGUGACGGCUCGGGCAGCGACCCCCGGGGGCUGGGCCCGGGGCUGCGGGCUGCGCGGAGUCCAUCAGCGCGCCGGACUGCCGCCGCUGGGCCACGGCUGGGUCGGGGGCCUUGGUCUGGGGCUGGGACUGGCGCUCGGGGUGAAGCUGGCCGGUGGGCUGAGCGGCGCGGCCCCCGCUCCGCUCCCCGCCGUCCCCGACCCCGAGGUGUCGCCCCUGACCGAGCCGCCGCCCCAGCUGGAGCAGCCCCUCGCCCAGUGUUCCUCGCAGACCCCGACGACCCCCCUCAAUAAGCGCUUCGCCAGAGCCAUCGAGAGCAGCCGGGACCUCCUGCAUAGGAUUAAGGAUGAGGUGGGUGCACCUGGCAUAGUGGUUGGAGUUUCUGUGGAUGGAAAAGAAGUCUGGUCCGAAGGUUUAGGUUAUGCUGAUGUUGAGAACCGUGUGCCGUGUAAGCCAGAGACCGUUAUGAGAAUUGCUAGCAUCAGCAAAAGUCUCACCAUGGUUGCUCUUGCCAAAUUGUGGGAAACAGGAAAACUGAAUCUUGAUAUUCCAGUACAACACUAUGUUCCUGAAUUUCCAGAAAAGGAAUAUGAAGGUGAAAAGGUUUCUGUCACAACAAGAUUACUGAUUUCCCAUUUAAGUGGAAUCCGUCAUUAUGAAAAGGACAUGAAAAAGGUGAAAGAAGAGAAAGCUUAUAAAGCCUUGAAAAUGAUGAAAGAGACAAUGGAAUCUGACCAAGAAAAACAGUUGAAAGAAAAAGGAGGCAAAAGAAAUGAAAAUAAUGACUUUGCUAAAGCUAAAACAGAGCAGGAUAAUGAAGCCAAAGGUCGGAAUUCAAAGCCUGGCAAGAAAAAGAAUGAUUUUGAACAAGGCGAGUUAUAUUUGAAAGAAAAGUUUGAAACGUCAAUUGAAUCAUUAAGAUUAUUUAAAAAUGACCCUUUGUUCUUUAAACCUGGUAGUCAGUUUUUGUAUUCAACUUUUGGCUAUACCCUAUUGGCAGCCAUAGUAGAAAGAGCUUCAGGAUAUAAAUAUUUGGACUAUAUGCAGAAAAUAUUCCAUGACUUGGAUAUGCUGACAACUGUACAGGAGGAAAAUGAGCCGGUGAUUUACAAUAGAGCAAGAUUUUAUGUUUACAACAAAAAGAGACGUCUGGUCAACACACCUUAUGUCGAUAACUCCUACAAAUGGGCUGGUGGUGGAUUUCUGUCUACAGUGGGUGACCUUCUAAAGUUUGGGAAUGCAAUGCUGUAUGGUUACCAAGUUGGGCUAUUUAAGAACUCCAAUGAAAAUCUUUUACCUGGGUAUCUCAAACCAGAAACAAUGGCGAUGAUUUGGACACCAGUCCCUAACACAGAGAUGUCUUGGGAUAGAGAGGGUAAAUAUGCAAUGGCAUGGGGUGUUGUUGAAAAGAAGCAAACAUAUGGUUCUUGUAGGAAACAGCGGCAGUAUGCCUCUCAUACUGGAGGUGCAGUGGGUGCCAGUAGUGUCCUGCUGGUUCUUCCUGAAGAACUGGAUGGAGAGGCUACAAAUAACAAGGUGCCCCCACGAGGAAUCAUUGUGUCUAUCAUAUGCAACAUGCAGUCUGUCGGCCUCAAUAGCACUGCAUUAAAGAUUGCUCUGGAGUUCGAUAAAGAAAGAUCUGAUUGA